AUGAUUGCCAAGUUUCUCUCUUUCUUCACCGGGCCGAUCCUCCAUGUGAUGGACGUUGCAGCUCUGCUAGCUGUUGGCCUUGGUGACUGGAUUGAUUUUGGAGUAAUCCUGGGUAUCCUGUUCCUUAAUGCUUUCGUCGGGUUUUAUCAGGAAAAGCAAGCGGCGGAUGUCGUUGCUAGUCUAAAAGACAUCGCAAUGCGCUGUACUGUUAUUCGAGAUGGGCAGGAACAAAACAUACUCGCUCGUGAGCUUGUUCCGGGCAACAUAGCAAGUAACAAAUUCCGUCUAUCAUGGGUUUCCUUUCGAUCAUUACUAAUAAACACGAAGGUUUUCGUGGAAGAAGGCGGUACCGUACCCGCCGAUGUCCAAUUAAUUUGUGAUUAUGGCCACCCGGAACACUUCGAGACCUUCAAGAUCCUUAAGGCUGAGGAGGGAUUUGAGAACAAUGGUAGCGAUAAUGAUGAAGAAGAUCAUGAAGGUCUCGAACGAGACAAUCAGCAAUCCGAAGGCAUUAAUGGAGGAACAGAGCAUCGAAAUCACCCCUUGAUUGCCGUCGACCAGUCUGCCAUCACUGGCGAGUCCCUGGCAGUGGACAAAUAUAUGGGUGAUAUCGUCUAUUAUACGACUAGCUGUAAGCGUAGAAAGGCGUAUGCGAUAGUACAAACAUCUGCCAAGUUUUCAUUUGUUGGUCGUACAGCAAAUCUGGUCCAAGGAGCAAAGGACCAAGGCCAUUUCAAGGCUGUGAUGAAUAAUAUCGGCACUGCUCUUCUAGUAUUGGUCAUGUUUUGGAUCCUUGUUGCAUGGAUUGGCGGCUUUUUUCACCACAUCAAAAUUGCCCUUCCCGGCGACCAGAACCUUCUCCACUACGCGCUUGUACUUCUGAUUAUUGGAGUUCCUGUCGGCUUACCUGUAGUAACUACAACAACUCUUGCAGUUGGUGCUGCGUAUCUCGCCGAGCAGAAAGCGAUUGUUCAGAAGUUAACAGCCAUUGAAUCAUUGGCCGGUGUUGACAUUUUAUGUUCCGACAAGACGGGUACAUUAAAAGCCAAUAAGCUUAGCAUUCGUGAACCAUUUGUUUCAAAUGGUCAAGAUGUCAAUUGGAUGAUGACAGUUGCGGCUCUCGCUUCUUCACACAAUCUAAACUCUCUUGACCAAUCGACAAAGUAA